AUGACGACUGCUUAUACUGUGGAGAAAAAGAUUCCGUUGACCAUUCAUUCAAAGAUUGUCGAAAACGCUUUGUGUCUAAUAGCAACAGAAAAAGGAGAUGCUGAGUGUAAGGAAAAUGAAUCUGGAAAUCCGUUAAGUUUCUUCACUGAAGAGGUUGAUAUAAACUGCAAAGAUGACGAACUGAACGCCAUUUUUUACACCAGAAGGGCGGCCUCUCAUUUUUCAAUGGGUAAUUUUCAUGACGCAGUCAAGGACGCAAAACGUGCAAGAGCAUUCCACUAUUGUUAUCGAGGUGUAAGAACAUUCCAGAAAUCUCCCAUACAAGCUAUUGUUACAGGAGCAAAGGCCUGUAAGGAACUUCAAUUGUAUGAAGAAGCAACCAAGUGGUGCUGCGAUGGGUUGGCAAUUGAUCGGGAAAACAAGACUUUGCAGGAAGUAAAGAGCAAGUCUAUUAAGGAUGAAACUAAAAAUAAUGAUUCACAGAAACUCAACGCCAAGACUGAAACUGAUGUGGUCAAGGAAAUUAACGACGGAAAAGGAAUCCUCUCAGGUACAAUCAUUGGUGAAUGCAGAGGACUGUCUUAUGGAGCUCGACACGAUUUUGACCGUGCCCUGCUGUACCUUUCGUUCUCUGACUUUAGCGUCGGAAAGGAUGUAGAGAGGACGCAGCAGGCAUCGCGUCACUCCAUAGAGGGUUUCCAAUUGUUGGCGAGUGGUGAGAACGAAAAAGCAAUAUCGUGCUUCAAACAAAAACUGAUGUUCAGUCAAGCAGGCAGAUGA